CAGUUUCGAUUUUCCGAGCAGACAGUUUUGUUUUUUCGUCAGUCAGUCGGUUGUUUGUUGUAGGUCGGCUGUUUACAAGUUUUAAGCGUCUCAUUAUCCAUUUAUUCAAAAUGAUAAAAGCAAAACCUAUUCUGUUUUGCUUGUUUUUGGUCUUUAUGGCCUCCGCGAAAUCGUCUGAUGUGGUUAUAUCCGACUUUGAUUUGCCAUGGAAUCGUAUUAACGAUUGUAAGACCACCUGCGACAAAAUCUAUCAAGAGAAGUCGCCAGAUGAAGCCAAAUCCUGUUCAAGAGGAUGUCGCUUCUACAGUAUGGCUGAGAUGAUCGCAAAAACCACCGAUUUGGAUAAGUUUAUUGCUAGAGAAGCUUGCGUCAGCUCUUGCGAAGACAGCUACCCUGUUGAUUCAGCUGAUAGAGCAGCUUGUCUUACCGGAUGUGAUUCCAUGAGAAAACUGAAGAAAGAGACCCCGGAAGAUUUCGCUAUCACAUCCAGCUUUUCUUUCUCGUUCUUCUUCGAUGAUGGAAACGGUCUCAAGUCUCUGCAAUCAGAUGGAAAUACAAUAAUUCCCGGGGAAGCUCAAGUUGCUGAUCAAGAUAUCUCUACUUUGGAUGAGAACAAAGGCACUGACCUUGAAACUGAUGACGUUCUGACGGAUCCAGCUCUCAAGGGUCAAACUGGAAUCGGGUUUUUGAGGGACAUCAAACUGCCAAUCAUCAAAAUAAAGACCCUGCCUGUUGAAGAGGUUGAUGAGACCAAUGAAGAUAAUAAGGUGAACUCCGGGCACCUCCGCUGCUGGUGGCUGCCGGCCAAAGGGGUGAACAAGUUCGGCAUCAUCCCAAUCUGCCUGCUCUUCGCCUGCCUCAUCCUAAUGAUGGUGGUCCUCCUCCGUAUGAUGUUCCUCCUCCGCCGCGUCCGCUCGCGCAUGCGCGCCCGCGCCCAAGCCCGCGCCAACUCCUCCAAGCCCACUCAGCCACUCAUCGUCGACGAAAAAUCUGCCUGCUAUCUGCCCAUCAACAGCGACCUGCCCGACAAGUAUGCGCAGUUUUUGGCCGCCGACAGCGGCGCAUGCGCAGGCCUCGCCAAGGUGCCGCCGCCCAAGUAUGAUGAGGUCAUCGUCAUCGAUGCCAAAAUGGCGGAGGCGGCUGGCGGAAAACCCACCGAGACCAUUUAAGAGGUGUUGGUGGAGAGGGGGGAAUUGUUGGCGCCAAGUUUGAAAAGUAAUGUAAUUUGAAUGUUGGCGCCAAAUUUAAGUUGGGUUAGGUUGUUGGUUUUGGCGCCAAAACGGUCUCGUUUCAGUUUUGGUGCAAUAACUUGAGAGAAAUUUGGUUGGCUGUAAAUUUUUGGGCAGUCCCGAAGGUAUGAAUUUUGUGAUCAUAGUAUUGUUGUGACCAUACUUGGUGGCUAAUAUAUAUAAUAUAAUGUCUUUUCCAAUAUCUAAGAUUCAAGAGCUUCACAUUUUUGCACUUCAAAUUUAAUAUUCAAUCGUGUGAAUGAGUUUUAUUCCAGCUCUAGAAAGCUGAAGAAAAGCAAUCUUUACUGAUUUUAGUAUUUUAAUUCCAUUAAGAUUUUGAUUACUGGUUCUCUUCAUAAAUAAGAAAUUUUCUAUCAUGUUUCAAAACUCUUCAUCUCUGAUUAUCCCAAUUUAAACUUACAUAACUUUUGAGUUCAAUUUUUAUUUCCAAAAUCAUGUUACUUGUUUGAGUUUAUUUUCCAUGUUAUAUUCUCACAAAAUUUGAGAAGUUUGAUGUUUUCUGUUACGUUUCUUAAAAGCUAUCAGCAAUUAGCAAGAUGUGUCAAUUUUAUUUUGUUAUUGUAUUAUUUUAUUUUAUUUUUCCUGAAAUUCUUGAAAGUUUCCAACUCUUAGGAAUUCAAGGAGGAUACAUUUUGUUACAAUUUUAAAAAUCCGUCUAGAGUUCUAUUAUUUUGUAUUGUUUAAAAAAUGUCUAGUUAUUUCUAAAAAAUGCUAAAUUCUAGUUAUUCCUCUCGAAAUGUAUUACCUUGUAAUCAUUCUGUGUAUUUCAAGUUAAAUACUCAGCCUGUAUCUCUAGAAAAAAUUUUCUAUUAAUGUCUUUAGUAAGACCAAUUUCAAUAUAAUUAUUAUUAAAAAAAUUCAAAUUUCAUGGUUCCGUUAGGUAAUUUUUGAGACUGAUUUGUGGUGUUGGUAAAACUAGUCUUAACUUUCAGCUUGUGUCAUAUUCAAUUUAAUUUUAUUUAGUUUUAAAAUUGUCAAAUCUUGAAAACUUUCUUACAUGUUUUUAAGGCAUUAAUAACCUAAUUAUUGGAGUAAACUCGUGAAAUCUCCAGUAUCAACUUUAUUACAACGACUUGUUGAUCUCUAUAGAAAUUUUCAGUUUGAAAGUUGAGAUUUUCUAUAAAAAUAAUUUAUUUUAAAAUAUCAUGUUCUAAAACAUUCCAAAAUCGAUAUCAGGCACACAUUUGUAUACUGUUUCCCAUGCUAUUUUUUGAAAACAUGUAAUUUUAUGCCAACUUAUUAUUAUCAUUUGACAUAAUUUACAGUCGUUUCCAUCAAGUUUAGAUAUUCAUUAUUUUGUUAUUGUAUUAUUUUAUUUUAUUUUUCCUGAAAUUCUUGAAAGUUUCCAACUCUUAGGAAUUCAAGGAGGAUACAUUUGUUACAAUUUUAAAAAUCCGUCUAGAGUUCUAUUAUUUUGUAUUGUUUAAAAAAUGUCUAGUUAUUUCUAAAAAAUGCUAAAUUCUAGUUAUUCCUCUCGAAAUGUAUUACCUUGUAAUCAUUCUGUGUAUUUCAAGUUAAAUACUCAGCCUGUAUCUCUAGAAAAAAUUUUCUAUCAAUGUCUUUAGUAAGACCAAUUUCUAAUAUAAUUAUUAUAAAAAAAUUCAAAUUUCAUGGUUCCGUUUGGUAAUUUUUGAGACUGAUUUUUGGUGUUGGUAAAACUAGUCUUAACUUUCAGCUUGUGUCAUAUUCAAUUUAAUUUUAUUUAGUUUUAAAAUUGUCAAAUUUUGAAAACUUUCUUACCUGAUUUUAAGGCAUUAAUAACCUAAUUAUUGGAGUAAACUCGUGAAAUCUCCAGUAUCAAACUUUAUUACAACGACUUGUUGAUCUCUAUAGAAAUUUUCAGUUUGAAAGUUGAGAUUUUCUAUAAAAAUAAUUUAUUUUAAAAUAUCAUGUUCUAAAACAUUCCAAAAUCGAUAUCAGGCACACAUUUGUAUACUGUUUCCCAUGCUAUUUUUUGAAAACAUGUAAUUUUAUGCCAACUUAUUAUUAUCAUUUGACAUAAUUUACAGUCGUUUCCAUCAAGUUUAGAUAUUCAUUUAAAUUGUUACUUGUAUUGAUUUCAAUUGAAUGGUUAGAUUAUAUUAUUCUACAAUCUCAAAUUGCACGUAUACAUAAGUUAUUAUAAAAACUGAAGCACAAUAUGAGUGAGAAUUUUAGUAAAAUGUUAUUAAUAUCCAUGAAUUAUGAGAUUUGGAACUAUAGUUUCGGUUUAUCAAAUUAUUUAUUGAUCUUAGUUUGUUUUGAUUUUAGUUCAAAAUUGUUGAUUCGAAAACAUUAGUAGUUGAGUGUGUACUCUAAUUCAUUGAAUAACAUAUUGUAAGAGUUUAGAUUACACCACUUCGUGAAAUACAGUGUUUUUGAAUUUGAA